UUAAAUUCAUUGAGGGAAGUUUUAGUAUUUGCGAUAGUUAUCAUGUCUGACGAACCAAGCCACAAGGCCAUGUUAUACUUUUUGGAAGUUUUGAUGAAUAGUUCAGGUCACUUGACGAUCUCCCAGCUGGCUGGCAGAUUUGGUAGCAACAAUUUCACUCCUGAGAUGAGAACAGCUGCCGGGGGCAAUGAAUCUGGAUUAAAGUCGUUUCUCCAGAAAUACCCAUCACUGUUUACCAUAAAGGGUAAU